UUACUGCGCCAGUUGCCAGACGCACUCGGACAGAGGGACAACAUGGACCCGAACACGACGAUUCUGCGAGUAAAGAGAAAAAGGGGCACCGACCCCGCAGAUGCGUUGUUGCUGGCGUGUAAGCGGAUCCGGCCGGAGACGUCCCAGAGCUCAGGGGAAGUGGUGCCGGAGCCGAAUGAAGCUGAGGUGGAAAACGCUGUCUUCAAACUCGUGGCGACCGUAGCGACACAGGAUGUCCCCGUCCAGACCCAGGUGCGACAGGCGCUGGCCCGGCCUCGCAUGGCGCAUGCGCUGCGCCCCUCCGCGGCCAGCUCGCAGCGGGUAGCGGGGGACCUGCGCAGCACCAAGUGGAGCACCCGGAGGGAGGAACGCUACAGGAUACUGUCCAGCCACCGGUCAGGCCUGUCGAGCCCCGCCGAGCAGCAGACCCCGCGGACGGAAGCUUCUGAGAGUGCGGGGGAGACCGAGGACGAGCCAGACAAAUGUUUGGUUCUGGGGGAGAUCCAGGUGGUUGAUCUCCUGCACGAGGACAUGGAGGACGUGGAGGACGACAAGUCGCCCGGGAAGGAGCUGUCCUCGGACCCGGAAAUGAUCCUGUGUAACAGCACCAAGAUGCUGCGGGAGCGCCUGAGCAUAAGCGGAGAGGGGUUGGGGGGGGAGCACCGAGACGACGGCAGCGACUACGUCUACGACCUUUACUAUCAGGAGACGGUCACGCCCGGCUGGAUCCAGGACAUCCUGUCAGUCAGGGCCUAUGGCGACGAGGGAGAACUGGUUCCUGACGUUGUGGUUUAUGAAGAGGAGGUUUAUGAAGACGAGGAUGAUGAAAACGAGGAAGGCAACUGGAGGAAUGACUACCCUGAUGAGAGCGAUGGGGACAGCGAAGGAGAGGAGCGCUACGGCGGUUACGGAGAGGAGGAGCAUUCGUACAGCCAGAGGAGCUGGGGCCGCUACCAGAGGGAGGUGCUGCUUGAGCUGGGCCGCUGUGGUGAAGACGACAAGGAGGAAGAGGAGGACAAAUAUAAUUCUGAUUGAUCAGUCUGUUUCACCCGCACCUGCCGGUGGACCCCGACACACACAAACACAGAGAGACAGAUAAUGGCAUACUCCCUGUUGGCGAGCAUGGAGCGAAAACAGCAACUUUAAAUAAAUCCCGUCUCAAAGUAGCAUCGCAACUCAUUAGAUUUGAGGAAAGCUGCUUGACUAAGGGCAUCCUUUAUUUCAAGGAAUGGUACCUUUUUUAAUUUUCACCAGGAAACUAAAUUCAAUUAUUUUGUGGCCGAAGUAUUUGUUUAAGUCGAGACUAAAAACAAAAUAAAAUUAAUAUCAACUUGGUUUAGAGGAUUGAAUACACGCCAUAAAUCUGAGCGUUCCUUUUUUUUAAUGGUGACGUCCCUCCCCACACAGCUGGUGAAGGAGUAGCUGAUAUUUCCAAAAGGAUCCAGAGUGUCUUUGUUUUUUUUAUUGUGGUGGAGUGAAUUUGUGCGUGGGUGUUUGUUCAAUGUGGGCAUGUGUUUAAGAAAUGUUGCACAUUAGCGUGAUAUGCCUUGUAUGCUUUGUGCUGUUAACACUUUCGUCUGAGACGUCUCGGGCUGUGCGUGGUUGCGAUUUAGGCUGCAUUUUGUGCAUGGUAGUGUGCGUGUGCUUGUGCGUGUUAGUUUUUUGGCACAAUGUGAAAGUGUGACACAUUGUUUUUGUUAUGGGUGUGUGAGUUUGGUCCCCCACUCCCUUUUGAAGUUAUUGGAUGCUUGUUGAAUUACAAUUUUUGUAUAUAUGUAGAUGUGUAUAAAAAGAAAGCUUUCAAAAUAAACUUUAAACAUGUCA